AUGUCUGAAUCCGCUGACGUUACACCUCAACCAAGACGUAAUUCUUUCUCCCCAAUUGAAUUCAAUGCCAAGAUAUCUCAACAAUGUUUAAAACAAGUUGAAUUUUAUUUCUCAGAAUCAAACUUCCCAUAUGAUAAAUUUUUACGUUCCACCGCUGAAAAGAAUGAUGGGUGGGUCCCAAUUAGUACCAUAGCGACAUUUAAUCGUAUGAAGAAAUAUAGACCAGUUGAUAAAGUCAUUGAAAUUUUGAAAACUUCUAAAAUCUUACAAGUUUCUGAAGAUGGUGAAAACGUUAAGAGAAUUGUCCCAUUAGAUUUAUCUAAGGAUUCGAAAAAUAGUAAAAGAUUUGAUCAAAAUAAAAGAACUUUAGUUAUCAUGAAUUUCCCUCAUGAAAAUGUUGAUGUGGAAUUCAUUGAAUUGCAAGAGAAUAUUGAAAAUUUCUUACAUGAUUUGGCUAAUGUUAACCAAGUUCGUUUAAGAAAGGAUCAUCAAAAGAAAUUUAAUGGGAAUGUAAUUGUAGAAUUCCAAACUUUGAAUGAUUGUGAAGAUUUUAAGAAAAAAUAUUCUGUGGAUAAUAAGGAAAAUCCAGAUCAAAAGGAACCAUUGGAAACUUUAUCAUAUGAAAAUCGUAAAUUGAACGUUUUAACUAAGAAACAAUUCGAUUUACAAAGAGAAGCAACUAAGUCGAAAAAUUUCAGUGGAUCUGGUCAAAGAUCAAGAUCUUUUACUGGCCAUAGAAAAAAUAUGCCAAAAAUCACUCCUCCUGAAUCUACUGAAAAAGAAAAUGAAACUGCUGAAAAGGCCUCUGAAUCUGCUAUAGAAGCUGAUAAGGAAAACUAG